GCUGUUCUUUUUCUGCCCUUAUAAGUCAAUGGUUAACCCAUUGAUACUGAUUUUUCUUCUAUAGGAAUUGAUGAUAUUUGUAAAUACAAUUAACCCUUGAGCAACAUGGGUUUGAAAUGCACACGUCCACUUAUAUGCAGAUUUUUUUCAGUACUAAAUACUAUGAUACUACAGGAUCAGUGGUUGGUUGAAUCCUUGGAUACUGAGGGCUAACUAUGAGUUAUACUCAAAUUUUCCACUGCCGGAGGGUUGGUGCCCCAACCCCUGCAAUUGUUCAAGGGUCAGUUGUAUAUAAAUAUAUGUACCACACCAGCCGUGGAUUUCUAGUGUUAUCUGAAACAGUUAUUUUAAUUUCCUGCUUCUAUCCUGUCACAUAAGUAGUCCUGAUUUGCUAAAGAUAAAUAUGUGUGUAUCUCCUUAUCCCUAUAAUGUGAUGCAUUUUUAUAUAGCAUAUACCACCACCUGAUAAUAUUUUGUUAAUUUAGUGGUCCUCCUUCAAACGAUUAUAAGACUCAGGCACUUUAGGAUUUUUCUGUUUUGUUCAGUGCUGUGUCUCCUGUGACUGCAUGUAGUAGGACAGGGUGAAUAUUACCUAAAUAAAUAUGAGAUGAAAGAGCAGGAGGUCAGGGCCUUAAGGGAAGCAUCCUUGCUGAAGACAUAGGGCUUAGUCAAGAGAAGGAGUUCAAAGAUAAAACACUUGAAUAGAAUACUUCAUUUGUCUACUCUCCAUAGUGUGCCCAACAGGGUUCUAGGCCAGACCCUGGUAAUGUUAGGGCAUAAGGGCCUCACUGACAACUAAAUUGUAAGGUAUAUGUUCAGAAAUACACUCAUUGGGCAUUUAGGCUUUGAAAGUAAAUACACCUGCAUACACACAGCUCCUCAGCAGCUUUCUAAUUGGGUAGCAUUGAGCACAUAGUUAAGUGACUCUUUCCAAGAUUCUUCAACUAUAAACUGGUUGUGAUAGUAUCUGAUUUGCAGAGUUUCUAUGAAUAAUCUUUUUGCAGAGGUAUGGGCAUCUCUUUGCCAAGUCAUUCUCAUAUCUUGGUUGCUCAAAUGGAACAUGUUAGUAAAGAAUGUUACAGUUUGUAUUGGCUUUAAAAUACAUACUUCAUCCACAGCAGUGGAAGAAACUUGCAUUUUCUUUAUUUGAAAUUUGUGCAGUCGUGCUACGGUAUCACUGUGAGAGAUGACACACACUGCUAACUUCACUCUGAGUGUUCUUAUUCUGCUGCUGUACCUCCUGUACAAUUCCUGCAGAAUUGAGUAGGAGAAGUCUCCUCUGCCACCUGCAUGUGGAAUUCAGUCAGUUGAUGCUCCUUCUCAAAAACCAGGUUUUGGGGACCCUGCAGCCCUUGUGGGAGAGGGUAUAGUAGUCAGGGGCUGAGCAGUAAUACAUGUUAGCCUGCCAAGCGGUACAGAAAUAAAUAUUGGGAGUGGAACCCCCGGAAGUCUGGCAUACAGGUCACACUCCUGGAUUUGAGAUGGUGUGUAUAUUCUUACUAUUGAAGGCGUUCUCUGAUUUUUUUUUUAUGUUUUCAUUAUUAUGGUCAAAUUGACAGCUAAAUGUUUUUAGACUACAGGUAACUUGCUUACAAAAUGGGACUCUUAACCUGUUUUUUUAAUGAUCUACAAGAACCAGAGGACUGUUUUAUAGCUCUAGAGGAGAUAAGAUUGCUCUAACUUCUUUUUUCUCCCCCCCCCCUCUAUUUUCUUACAAGAUUGAUGUGUGUUUGCUUGGGUGUCUUGGGGCUAUGCAUGUCUCUGUGUGUGUGUGUUUUGAGGGGAGUGAUCACUCCUAACAGAUGUGCUGCAAAAUCCACAGUCUUGAUUAUGGAAAUUGUGGGGAGACCCAGAUUCUCGUGUCUUCUUUCUCCUGCCUCAGCUCUAACUUCUCAACACUCUGUCUUUCUUCAUGAAGGGAACAUGGAGGAAGAAAGAACAGCUGCUGAGUUACAGAAAAAUAUGACACAGGAACCAGUGGUCUUUGAGGAUGUGGCUGUGGACUUUACCCAGGAGGAGUGGGCUUUGCUAGAUCUCGCUCAGAGAAACCUCUACAGAGAUGUGAUGCUGGAAAACUUCCGGAACCUGGCCUCAUUAGGGUAUCCACUACACACACCCUAUCUGAUCUCCCAGUGGAAACAAGAGGCGGACCUGGAGAUAGCAGAGAGAGGACCCACCCAGGGGGAGCAUCAGAAAGGUUUUGAGAUUCAACUUAAAACUAAUGAAUUAGUCACUUCACAAGAUAUUUAUGGAGAAAAAAUAUCCAGUGAACAGAAUGUAGUAAGAUUCAAAAGGAGUGCUUCCUUGUUGUCCAUUUUACACAAAAGCUGGGAAUACCAUGGUUUUGAUUAUCAGAACAAAAACCAGGAGAGACAUUUGAGAAAUCACAUGGUGGAGAACAUCUAUGAACACAACGAAGAAAAUCAGUGUAGACAAACCUUCAGCCAUAUCUCAAAUCUUAAUAUACUCAAGAGAACUACUGAAGUAAAAGCCUAUGAAUGCCAGGAGUGUAAAAAGGCCUUCACAGAUCAUUUAUCCCUUAAGAAUCACAUAAGGUCUCACACUGGAAGCAAACCCUAUCAGUGUAAGGAAUGUGGGAAAGCUUUCCAUUUUUUUGCUUGUUUUAAGAAGCAUAUGAAAACUCCCACUGAAGAGAAACCCUAUGAAUGUAAGGAAUGUACCAAAGCCUUCAGUUGUUCUUCAUUCUUUAGGGUGCAUAUGAAGAUUCACACAGGAAAAACAAACUACGAAUGCAAGGAAUGUGGGAAAACCUUUAGCUGUUCUUCAUCCCUUACAGAGCACAAAAGAAUUCACAGUGGAGAUAAGCCUUAUGAAUGUAAGGAGUGUGGGAAAGCCUUUAGUUGUUCCUCCUCGCUCUCCAAACACAAAAGAAUUCACAGUGGAGAUAAGCCGUAUGAAUGUAAGGAGUGUGGGAAGGCCUUCAGUUCCUCUUCUCACCUUAUAAUACAUAUAAGAAUCCAUACUGGAGAGAAGCCUUAUGAAUGUAAAGAGUGUGGGAAAGCCUUCAGUGAGUCCUCAAAGCUCACUGUACACGUCAGAACACAUACGGGAGAGAAACCCUAUAAAUGUAAGGAAUGCGGGAAAGCCUACAAUUGUCCAUCCUCCUUAAGUAUCCAUAUGAGAAAACACACUGGGGAGAAACCCUAUGAAUGUCUGGAAUGUGGAAAAGCCUUCUAUCUUCCCACUUCCCUGAAUACACAUGUGAAAAAUCAAAGUAGAGAGAAACCCUACGAAUGUAAGGAAUGUGGAAAAGCCUUCAGUUGUCCCUCAUCCUUUAGAGCACAUGUGAGAGAUCACACUGGCAAGGUGCAGUACGAAUGUAAGGAAUGUGGGAAGGCCUUUAGUCGUUCCUCAUCCCUCACCGAACACUUAAGAACUCACAGUGGAGAGAAGCCUUAUGAAUGUAAGGAAUGUGGGAAAGCCUUUAUUAGUUCCUCCCACCUUACGGUACAUAUAAGAACUCACACUGGAGAGAAACCUUAUGAAUGUAAGAAAUGUGGAAAAGCCUUCAUUUACCCCUCAGCCCUUAGGAUCCACAUGAGAACGCACACUGGGGAGAAACCCUAUGAAUGUAAGGAAUGUGGGAAAGCCUUUCGCCAUUCUUCAUACCUUACUGUCCACACAAGGAUGCACACUGGAGAGAAACCCUUUGAAUGUCUGGAAUGUGGGAAAGCAUUCAGUUGUCCUUCAUCCUUUCGAAGACAUGUAAGAAGCCACACUGGUGAGAAGCCCUAUGAAUGUAAGGAAUGUGGGAAAGCCUUUGUUUGUCCCGCUUACUUUCGAAGACAUUUGAAAACUCACACUAGAGGAAACAUAUAAAGUAAGGAAUAAGGAAAUGUCUGCAAGCCUUUUUCAGAUCUUAGCAUGCAAGAUCUCACACUGUGGAGACACCCUGUGAAUGUAAGAAAUUGUCGCUCAUCUUUUUGAAGACUUGAGAACUCACAACUAAGAGAAACCCUGUGUAUGUAAAUCAUGUGGUAACACCUUCAUGAACGUCACUUGCUGUGUUCUAAGAAAACUCAUACUAGAAGCAAAGAUCGGCGCCUCAUCCUUAGAGUGGACUACUGCUGGCUCGUUGAUUUCCAGUUUUAAUUUUCUGAUGAAUGUUUAAGGUGAUAAAUUUCCCCUAAUACCUUUCAGCUGUAGCUGCGUAUGUUUUAUGAGGUGCUUUUGUUUUGGUUUGGAUGUAAAUGUUAUUUCCAUUACAGAAUUUUUUGGACCCAUCGGGGAGUUGAAGUGUAUUUUUUCGUAUGCAGGCAUGAGUGGUCUUUUUUAUUAUUAGUUUCUAAUUAACUCUCAUUGUUCUCUAAGUAUGCAGUCAUUGUGGUAUCAACACUUUGGUAUUUGUAAUUUCUUUUGUAAAUGGUAAUUUCAUUUUGAUCUAUUAUGGCAGAAACUGGAAAUUGCCUACCCAAUAUUCCCCCACCCCUUUGUUUUUUUGUUGUUUUGCGGUACACAGGCCUCUCACUGUUGUGGCCUCUCCUGUUGCAGAGCACAGGCUCUGGACGCACAGGCUCAGUGGCCAUGGCUCACAGGCCCAGCCACUCCGUGGCAUGUGGGAUCCUCCUGGACCGGGGCAUGAACCCGUGUCCCCUGCAUUGGCAGGCGGACUCUCAACCACUGUGCCACCAGGG